UAUACAGUAUUAGUGUAGUUUCUUUCCAGCAGAGCUGACUGCAAAUCUCCGCUUAAUUCCAGCUCCGCCCAACCAAAUCAUGGCGGUCGGAGCUACCAGAAAAAUAUCUGCCGCCUCUGCCAGGGCUCACACUCGAAAAUCCAACACCAAAGCUUCUUCUCAAAUUUCAGGGAUCCUCAUCAAACUACUGUUAGUUGGCUUGGUGGGUUUCCUAGCUUGGGCUUAUCAAGCAGUAAGGCCUCCUCCACCAAAGACGAGUGGCUUGCAAGACGGGCCUCCCGUUACAGCAUCUAGAAUACAGCUCAAGGACGGGAGGUACUUGGCUUACAAAGAGUCUGGUGUGCCGAAGGAUGUAGCAAAGCACAAAAUAGUGUUUAUCCAUGGAUUUGAUAAUUGCAGGCAUCAUGUUUCUGCAAUGACGGCUAACCUCUCCCCUGACAUUGUUGAAAGUAGAGGCAUAUACAUUGUUUCGUUUGAUAGGCCUGGUUAUGGAGAGAGUAGUCCUCACCCUACCCGGACUGUUAAGAGCUUAGCGUUUGAUAUCGAGGAGCUUGCUGAUCAGUUGGGGCUAGGACCCAAAUUCUAUAUUAUUGGAUUUUCCAUGGGUGGGCAGGUUGUUUGGAGCUGCCUCAAGUAUAUACCUCAUAGAUUAGCUGGAGCUGCUCUAUUAACACCAGUUGUGAAUUAUUGGUGGCCUGGUUUCCCUUCAAACUUGUCUCAACAAGCAUAUGACAUGCAGUUCAGACAAGACCAGUGGGCUCUUCGUGUUGCUCACUACUUGCCAUGGCUUACCUACUGGUGGAACACUCAGAAAUUAUUCCCUGGUUCAAGUGUUAUUGCUAAACGCCCAGAAAUUUUUACUAAUCCAGACAAAGAACUGCUUCCAAAGAUUAUUUCUUUGACCAAGGAGUAUCGGGCAACACCAAGACAACAAGGCGAGUUUGAGUCUCUUCAUCGUGAUUUAAUGAUUGGUUUCGGGAGUUGGGACUUUGACCCAAUGGAUCUGAAAAAUCCAUUCUCGGAAAGUGGAGGUUCGGUUCACUUAUGGCAGGGGGAUGAUGAUUAUCUCGUUCCUGUUACCCUGCAGCGUCACAUUGCCAGCCGGCUUCCAUGGAUCCAAUACCACGAGUUAUCAGGUACUGGACAUAUGUUUCCAUAUGCUGAUGGGAUGGCAGACACCAUCGUACAAGCACUGAUUGGUUAAAAACGAAAGGUUUCUGUGACCCGUUUAUGUAUCUCAGCUUUGUUAAUUAUUGAGUUUAGAGCUUCCUUCGUUAAUUAUUGGGUUUAGAGCUUCCACUGCUAUCUGAAUUGCAUGUUGUAUUUUGUCUGGAUAGGAUAAAAAUUUGUGUUAAAAGAAGGAUGAUGCUUUUUUCUGAA